AUGGCCUCCCGCGACUAUCUCGAUGAUGACGAAGAUGAUUUGCCCGAGGCCUCGGAACUGGGCCGCUCGCGACAGGUAGAAGAUGAUGUUGAAGACGAUGAAGAGAGAGACUCUGAGGAGGAGGAAGACGAAGAGGAUGAUGAGGAGGAGGAAGACGAGGAGCAGGACUCGGGGAGACAGAGGAAACGUGUUAAACGCGCACCCAAACGACCCAAAGCACAUCGUUUCCUCGAUCUAGAAGUCGAGGUUGACGAUGAUGACGAGGAUCUGGAUGAUGACGAUGACGAAUUUCACAAGGAAGGCAAGCAAAAUAUUGCUACCACUUAG